AAUAAACAUUCAUAAUAAAUGGAUAUUCAUCGUCUUUUUUUAAUUUCUUAUUUUAAGAACACUGGUUUCUUUUUUCUUUUUUCUUUUUUCUUUUUCUUCUUCUAGUAAUUGCGUUAUAUUACUUGAGCCAUUUUACUUUCAUUCUAAUCAAAAGUGGUUAUAUUAUUAAAAGUGAAACACUAGACUGGUCCCUUGUUGCCAAUCAAGUGUAUCGCCAUCUUGCUAUUGCUCUCUCCCCAACGGUCACUUCCAACUCCAAACCACUUUUUCUUAAGAUUCUGAUGAUUACCCGCCAACUGAAUUUCAAAAUAAUCAAUAAACUGAUGUAUCAACGCUCUACUAGGCUUAAAAGCUUUCAUUCUUUCCGAAAUGAGCACCACCCGCUUGAUCAAAGUACUGAACCAGAUACUGCAUCCGUUAUCCCCUGUAUGCUUUAUUAUUUGCACAGGAAUCUUCCGCAUCAAGCUCUUCAAAUCUUUAAGAACCGGCUUCAAAUGGAUUUGUAUGGAAGUGUUGACGAAGUUAUGGUGGCUCUUGCUCUCAAGGCAUGUCGAAGUCAGCUGAACAUCGGCUGCGAAGUCCAUAGGUAUGCUAUUUCUUCGGGGUUUAUCUCGUAUACUGUGGUUGCUAAUUCUUUGAUGAAUGUGUACUCUAAAAAUGGGCAUUUGGAAAGUGCUUUACGUGUUUUUGAGAGUUUGCAUUGUCCUGAUGUCGUUUCUUGGAAUACUAUCCUCUCGGGAUUUCAGAAGAGCGAUGAUGUUUUGAACUUCGCCCUUCAAAUGAACAUAAAUGGGGUCAGGUUUGAUCCCGUGACAUUUACUACAAUUCUUGCAUAUUGUUCCGAUCAUGAAGAUUUUCUUUUUGGAAUUCAGUUGCAUUGUCUUAUUUUGAAAUUUGGUUUGGAUUGUGAAGUUUUCGUUGGAAACGCACUUAUAUCCAUGUAUUCGAGAUGGGAUCAUCUAUUGGAAGCUCGGAAAUUGUUUGAUGAAAUGCCAAAAAAGGAUUUGGUUACGUGGAAUGCAAUGAUAUCUGGGUAUACUCAGAAGGGCGACCAUGGCUUAGAAGCUAUUUUGUUAUUUAUUGAAAUGGUGAGAGGAAGGAUGGAGCUUGAUCAUAUCUCAUUAACAAGUGCAGUUUCAGCUUGUGGUCAUGAAAGAAAUUUAGAGCUUGGGAAAAUGAUACAUGGCUUGACCAUGAAAUUAGGAUGUGAAACAGAUGUUUCAGUUUGUAAUGUCUUGAUCUCAACAUAUUCCAAGUGCGAUGUUAUUGAAGAUGCAAAAUUAGUCUUUCAGGUUAUGAAAGAUCGAAAUGUAGUGUCCUGGACAUCGAUGAUUUCUUUGAAUGAAGAUGAUGCCUGGUCUCUCUUCAAUGAUAUGAGACUAGUCGGAGUAUAUCCAAAUGAUGUUACAUUUGUUGGACUUAUCUAUGCCAUAUCAGUUAGAAAGUUGGCAAAAGAAGGCAGAACAAUCCAUGGAUUUUGCAUUAAGACUGGAUUUUUGGCGGAGCAAAAUGUUUGCAAUAGCCUCAUUACCAUGUAUGCUAAGUUUGAGUCAAUGGAAGACUGUUUGAAAUUCUUUGAGGAGCUUAGCCGUAGAGAUAUUACAUCAUGGAAUUCACUGAUUUCAGGGUGUGCUCAAAAUGGGUUAUACCAGAAAGCUUUGCAGAUGUUCUUAGUAGCAGUUACAAAGUCCAAACCAAACAGUUAUACCUUUGGUAGUGCCUUGAGUGCCAUUGCUGAUGCAGAGGAUAUAUCUUUAAAAUAUGGCCAAAGAUGUCAUUCAUACUUAAUAAAACUUGGAUUAAACACCGAUCCAAUUAUCUCAGCUGCUCUUCUGGACAUGUAUGCAAAGCGUGGGAGCAUCCACGAGUCUCAGAGAGUUUUCGAUGAUACACCCAAGAGAAGUCAAUUUGCUUGGACAGCAAUAAUCUCUGCCUAUGCUGGUCAUGGAGACUACGAAUCAAUGAUAAUGUUGUUCAAUGAAAUGGAGAAAGAAGGGGAAAGACCCGACUCAGUUACUUUUCUUUCUGUCCUCACAGCAUGCAGUAGAAAGGGAAUGGUUGAGAUGGGCCGACAAAUAUUCGAUUCUAUGGCACAAAGAUAUCAUAUUGAACCAUCCCCUGCGCAUUAUUCUUGCAUGGUGGAUGUGCUUGGAAGGGCAGGAAAACUAGAGGAGGCAAGGGAAAUGGUCAGAAGGAUUCCAGGACAACCGGGUUUGUCGGCAUUGCAAAGCUUAUUUGGAGCUUGUCAGAUUUACGGGAAUGUAGAAAUGGCUGAGAAGAUAGCUGAGGAUUUGUUGGCAUUGGAGCCAAUGGAGUCAGGUCCUUAUGUGAUGAUAUCCAAUUUGUACGCUGAGAAAGGGGAGUGGGAAAAGGUUUCAAUGAUUAGGAGAAUAAUGAAGAACAAGGGAGUGAAGAAAGAAGUAGCUUUUAGUUGGGUGGAUGUUGGAGGCUCUUCAUGUCUUCAUGGAUUUUCAUCUGGGGACAAGUCCCAUCCACAGUCUGAAGAGAUUCGUUUGAUAGCAAAAUGUCUAGGAUCUGAAAUGAAACGUAUGAGUGAGAGAGAGGAAGAGCAUUUGCUCAUGAUAGAUAACUUAAGUAACAAUGUGUGCCUACAAAGCGCUCAAAGUGCGUAGGUAGACUUGUAAAUGCAGAACUUUUUUUUUUUAAACAAAUUUGAAAACUGUAGA